AUGCAACAAUGCGAUCGGGGGUUGAAGAUGGGGCACCUUUGGUGCUUGGCUGGAUCGAAGAGAAGAAGAAAAGAGAAUGGAAGCAGCGGGAUGUGGGGUCUGCCAUUGGUUUCCGGUGACAAAGCUUUGACAUUUGGUUGUUUGGUGAUCGAGAAGGGCAGCACCGAUUCAACAACAGAUGGGGCACCUUUGGUGCUUGGCUGGAUCGAAGAGAAGAAGAAAAAAGAAUGGAAGCAGCGGGAUGUGAGGUCUGCCAUUGGUUUCCGGUGA